UGCGUACUUGGUCCAGUAGUCGAAUCUAACCUACAAGAUCGAGCACACUAAAACAUUCCUUCGAUUCUCUUUCUAUAAUCUAUCUGACCAAUCCGCUUAAUGCUAUUCUAAUUCACUUUCAUUCGAUGGCUUCUCUUCUAUCAUCUUCAUUCCUUUAUUUCCACUUCUUUUGUUUCAUACUCACUUUGCUGUUGUUUCAUGCAGAACAAGCUCAAGCUAGGAGAAGCAGUUUCGAUAUUCUCAGCUCUCCGGCGACAGGAAAUAAUAUUAGUAGCAGUUCCUCCAACCGGACCAGCAACCAGCGGAAGUGGGUCGGGCCAGUCGGCUACCGCCACAUCACCGUGGACAUAAGAGGUUCCGGCGACUUCACGUCCGUCCAGUCCGCUGUCAAUGCAGUUCCAGUCAACAAUACGGUCAAUGUCAUCAUCCACAUCAAGCCUGGAUGUUACAUAGAGAAAGUGGUGGUGCCGGCGACUAAGCCGUACAUAACGUUUAAAGGAGGUGGGAAAGAUGCGACGGUGAUCGAAUGGCACGACAGAGCCAGUGACCGUGGACCUAACGGACAGCAGCUGCGGACUUACAGAACUGCUUCUGUUACGGUGUUGGCCAACUAUUUCUCAGCCAGAAACAUCAGCUUCAAGAAUACGGCACCGGCUCCGAUGCCGGGAAUGCAAGGAUGGCAGGCGGUGGCGUUUCGUAUAUCUGGCGAUAAGGCAUACUUCUCGGGGUGUGGUUUCUAUGGUGCCCAAGACACACUCUGCGACGAUGUUGGACGCCAUUACUUCAAAGAGUGCUACAUCGAGGGUUCCAUAGAUUUCAUCUUUGGAAAUGGCCGUUCCAUGUACAAAGACUGUGAGCUGCACUCGAUAGCUUCCAAGUUCGGCUCCAUUGCUGCACAGUUCAGAAAAUCACCGGACGAUAAAUCCGGCUUCGCAUUUCUCAACUGCCGGGUAACGGGUAAGGGUCCACUCUAUGUGGGUCGGGCCAUGGGCAAGUACGCCAGAAUUGUAUACUCCUACACAUACUUCGACGACGUGGUCGCACAUGGUGCAUGGGAUGACUGGAACACAACCAGUACAAAGACUGAUUUUCUAGGAGUAUACAAGUGCUGGGGUCCCGGAGCAGAGGCCCUGCGUGGUGUAUCGUAUGCGCCGGAGCUUGAUUUCGACACGGCGCACCCAUUUUUGAGGAAGAGCUUCGUCAACGGAAGACACUGGAUAGCCCCAAAUGAUGCUUAACUUGGCUGUACAUUGUGCCAUUAGUUCUUCCAACAUCCAUUCUUUGGUUCAUUCUUAUUCUUAUUCUCCAUUCUUCAUUCUAGCAUUCUUUCAUUCAAUUCUGAACAGAUUUUACAAAGAUUUGUAUUUCCUUACUUCAAAUAAUCCUGAUGCCCCAUUUGGCUCGUCAGCUCGUGUAUUCAUUACAUGUAA